CUCAUAGAUAAACAGCAAGGCUGAACCAUGCUCCUGUUUCAAGCUUGAAGCUUCACUCUGUGCGGCGUCAUAGCAUUGUUGAGCAGGAAGUGGGAAAACACUGCAGACGAUGAUGAACCCAGGAAGUUGUCCGCCGGGUCUGGAAUACCUCGCCAUGGUAGACCAGGUACUUAUCAAGCAAAAGGUUGAACUGUUGGAAGCAUUCACUGGCUUCGAGACAGCAAACAAAUACACCAUCCUCAACUCAAUGGGGCAGAAAAUAUACUACGCAGCAGAAGACAGCGACUGCUGCACGCGGAACUGCUGUGGUCCUAUCCGCCCCUUCGACAUGAACAUCGUUGACAACAAUAAAAUGGAGGUUAUUCACAUCAACAGGCCGCUCAGAUGCACGAGCUGCUUGUGCCCCUGCUGCCUUCAGGAAAUAGAAGUCACUUCUCCUCCGGGGACUCCUAUUGGAUACGUGGUGCAGGACUGGAGCAUUUUGUACCCAAACUUCAGCAUUCAGAACGCGGCUAGAGAAACCGUACUCAAGAUUGACGGUCCUUGCUGCAGGUGGAACUGCUGCGGCGAUGUAUCAUUCCGGAUUUUAUCAAGAGACGGUAAAGUUUGCGUGGGCAAGAUCAGCAAGCAAUGGUCGGGGCUAGUUAAAGAAAUAUUCACGGAUGCCGACAAUUUUGGCAUUUCGUUUCCAAUCGAUCUGGACGUCAGCAUGAAGGCCGUCAUGAUUGCAGCAGCAUUCCUAAUCGAUUUCAUGUUCUUUGAAAAGCAAGGCCAGAAGGAGAAUGACAUCUUCGGAAUGUUCUAGGUUUUUGUUCCUUAGUUUUCGUGAGUAAAUGCCGCAUGUAUUUCAUUAUGCGACGUGUUACUGCUAUCGAUCACAUGAUCAUACUGAUUUUGUUUUUCACGAACCUGGAUCAUUCAAUACUGGCAAGCACCUUCAUAUUCUUUUUCUUUAUCUCUUGGACGUGCGUUUAUGUCACUCGUUUUUAUUUUUAUUUUUUUACUCAGUAAGGACGAAAGAAACCCGUAUGUUAUGUACUCAUAUUGUGCCAACAUCGAAGAAGUGUCUGCGGUGAAUAUCUGAACCUUCAUACGUACAUACCUACAUAUACGUACUUCGAAGUCAUGACAAAGUAAAAUACUUAAAACUG